ACCGGGUCUGGCCCAGGAGGCUCGGGCGCGCGCAGCCAUCCCGGGCCUCGCCGGGGACCGAGGGAGGCAGGCAGCGCCUGCGCCCGCUCACCAUGGUCGAGGGACGCGUCUCCAAGUUCCUGAAGAAACUCGGCUUCUCGGGCGGCGGCCGCCAGUACCAGGCGCUGGAAAAGGACGAGGAGGAAGCCUUGAUUGAUGAACAGAGUGAGCUGAAAGCUAUCGAGAAAGAGAAGAAGGUGACAGCCCUGCCCCCCAAGGAAGCCUGCAAAUGCCAGAAAGAGGAUUUGGCCAAAGCGUUUUGUGUGGACUUAAACACUGGGCUGUCGGAGUUCUCGGUGACGCAGCGCCGGCUGGCCCAUGGCUGGAAUGAGUUUGUUGCUGACAACAGUGAACCUGUGUGGAAGAAAUACCUGGAUCAGUUUAAGAACCCCCUGAUCCUGCUGCUACUGGGCUCUGCCCUGGUGAGUGUCCUCACCAAGGAGUAUGAGGAUGCCGUCAGCAUCGCCAUGGCCGUGCUCAUCGUGGUCACUGUGGCCUUCAUCCAGGAGUACAGGUCGGAGAAAUCUCUGGAAGAGCUGACCAAGCUGGUUCCUCCAGAAUGUAACUGCCUAAGAGAAGGAAAACUCCAGCACCUGCUUGCUCGAGAACUGGUUCCUGGAGAUGUCGUGUCUCUCUCGAUCGGAGACCGGAUCCCUGCAGACAUCCGACUCACUGAGGUCACGGACCUCUUGGUGGAUGAAUCCAGUUUCACUGGGGAAGCCGAGCCAUGCAGUAAAACAGAUAGCCCCUUGACAGGCGGCGGGGACCUCACCACCCUCAGCAACAUCGUCUUCAUGGGGACCCUGGUGCAGUAUGGAAGGGGCCAGGGGGUCGUGAUUGGAACAGGGGAAAGCUCUCAGUUCGGAGAAGUGUUUAAGAUGAUGCAGGCUGAAGAGACACCUAAAACUCCUUUGCAGAAAAGCAUGGACAGGCUAGGAAAGCAACUGACACUAUUCUCCUUUGGCAUAAUCGGUCUCAUCAUGCUCAUUGGCUGGCUGCAAGGGAAACAGCUCCUGAAUAUGUUCACGAUUGGGGUCAGCCUGGCUGUGGCGGCCAUUCCCGAGGGUCUGCCCAUCGUCGUCAUGGUAACGCUGGUCCUGGGAGUGCUGCGGAUGGCCAAGAAGCGGGUCAUCGUGAAAAAGUUACCCAUCGUGGAGACUUUAGGUUGCUGCAGUGUUCUCUGUUCUGAUAAGACGGGUACUCUGACUGCCAACGAAAUGACAGUGACCCAGCUUGUAACGUCAGAUGGGUUUCAUGCCGAGGUCAGCGGAGUUGGGUAUGACGGUCGAGGGACUGUGUGUCUUCUACCAUCCAAGGAAGUCAUUAAGGAAUUUUCCAAUGUCUCAGUAGGAAAGUUAGUGGAGGCGGGCUGUGUCGCCAACAACGCGGUCAUCAGAAAGAACACUGUGAUGGGACAGCCCACCGAGGGUGCCCUGAUGGCCCUGGCAAUGAAGAUGGACUUAAGUGAUAUUAAAAAUUCAUACGUAAGAAAAAAAGAGAUUCCAUUCAGUUCAGAGCAGAAGUGGAUGGCGGUGAAAUGCAGUCUGAAGACUGAGGAUCAGGAAGACAUUUACUUCAUGAAGGGGGCCUUGGAAGAGGUGAUCCGCUACUGCACCAUGUACAACAACGGAGGCAUCCCCCUGCCGCUGACACCCCAGCAGAGGUCAUUCUGCCUGCAGGAAGAGAAGAGGAUGGGGUCCCUCGGUCUGCGGGUUCUGGCUCUGGCUUCUGGGCCCGAGCUGGGGCGGCUGACAUUUCUGGGUCUCGUUGGCAUCAUUGACCCCCCGAGAGUUGGCGUGAAGGAAGCAGUUCAGGUUCUCUCCGAGUCUGGCGUGUCCGUGAAGAUGAUAACGGGAGAUGCUCUGGAGACGGCCUUGGCCAUAGGAAGAAACAUCGGCCUGUGCAACGGGAAGCUGAAAGCCAUGUCUGGGGAGGAGGUGGACAGCGUGGAGAAGGGCGAACUGGCUGACCGCGUGGGGAAGGUGUCCGUGUUCUUCAGGACCAGCCCAAAGCACAAGCUCAAAAUCAUCAAGGUUCGCUGGGCUCUGCAGGAGUCAGGGGCAGUCGUGGCCAUGACUGGGGAUGGGGUGAACGACGCGGUGGCCCUGAAGUCUGCAGACAUCGGGAUCGCCAUGGGGCAGACAGGGACGGACGUCAGUAAAGAGGCCGCCAACAUGAUCCUGGUGGACGAUGACUUCUCAGCCAUCAUGAAUGCGGUGGAGGAAGGCAAGGGGAUUUUUUACAACAUCAAAAACUUUGUCCGAUUCCAGCUGAGCACGAGCAUCUCCGCCCUCAGUCUCAUCACUCUGUCCACCGUGUUCAACCUGCCCAGCCCCCUCAACGCCAUGCAGAUCCUGUGGAUCAACAUCAUCAUGGAUGGGCCGCCGGCGCAGAGCUUGGGGGUAGAGCCCGUUGACAAAGACACCCUCAGGCAGCCACCACGGACUGUGGGGGACACCAUCCUCAGCAGAGCCCUCAUCCUGAAGAUCUUCAUGUCCGCAGUUGUCAUCAUCAGUGGGACCCUCUUUAUCUUCUGGAAGGAGAUGCCUGAAGACAGAGCGAGCACUCCCCGCACCACAACGAUGACCUUCACUUGUUUUGUGUUUUUUGAUCUCUUCAACGCCUUGACCUGCCGCUCUCAGACCAAGCUGAUAGUUGAGAUCGGCUUUCUCAGGAACCGCAUGUUCCUCUACUCCAUCCUCGGGUCCAUCCUGGGGCAGCUGGCGGUCAUUUACAUCCCCCCGCUGCAGAGGGUCUUCCAGACGGAGAAUCUGGGAGUGCUCGAUUUGCUGUUUUUAACUGGACUGGCCUCAUCUGUCUUCAUGUUGUCAGAGCUCCUCAAACUAUACGAAAAACACUGUUGCGGCACCCAGAGAGUGAGUCCAGACGCAGCAUGAAGAUGUGUAGUGGCCCUCACUCUGCGGCACCUUCCCCAAUCAUCUCCAUCUGGAUGUGCCUGUGGCCCCUGCGGCGUCUCCUCUUCAGCGGAGACUUUCAGGACGGACGCCGCAGCCUUCUGUCAGUGACUCAGUUUUUCCUCCUGGGAACGCUGCAGGCAUCUCGUGGGCUCCGGGGACCCAGGUCCACAUCCAUCCAGCACGCCCACUGGCUCUGGGACAGACAGGGAGGGGCCUGUCCAGAAACAUCACACUAUUUAUUAAAUCACAAUGAUUUUUAUUAACCACGUCUAUAUAUGCAUCUGUGCCACAGCUUGCAGUGACGCAGGCCACUCGUGCCAGAUACAUGGGGCUUCUGAGAGGUAGUGGGUAGGAUGGUCACACUCUGCCCAUUGUCUUCCUGGAGGCCCCACCUCCUCAUCAUAAAAUGAGGGCUUUUUAAAUAAAGUGCCAUACCAGGGGCUAUUAUUCUUUUGAUGCGUUUACCUAGGGUUUUUCAUACAAGGGGCCAGGUUGGAAACCCACAGCUGUGUGUUAAUGGCCACGUGGGGUGAGCAGCAAUCCAUCAUGAAUGGCCUAUGGGAAGGCUUUUGGAGAUAAAGAGCAGGGCUGGGCACGGUGGCUCACACCUGUAAUCCCAGCACUUUGCAAAGCCAAGGCAGGCGGAUCACUUGAGGCCAGCCUGGCCAACAGAGCAAAACCCUGUCUCUACUAAAA